GACAGAUAUUUCUAGUGACCUUACACUCUGCUGCGUAGUGUGUGCUUUAAAAUAUUUUAUUUACAUGUAAAUUAGAAUUUCUAUUGUUUCAAGCUUGACGGGAGCAGUGGUCAAGGUUUGUCAGACAUUAAAACACAUUUAUUUCCGGAAGAUUGUUCAAUAGUGACAUGUUCAGUGGACAGUCUUCACCCAGGAAACGUAAACUUAGUGAAUUCCAUGAUCCAGAUUAUCACCAAACUGAACAGAUCACAUGUGAUGAAUCUGGAGGCCCUGAAAGUUGUAUUGCCAAACGGCAAAAACAAGAUACUUUGGGGACUCUUUCCGUAAGAAGAAGCGAGGCGUGUGUGGAAAAAGUUCGACAAAUCAUUGAACGAGAAUUCACUAGUGAGUUGGCAUUUAAACAAAAGCAGCUACUUGAAAUUGAUGACCGUCUUGAAAAAGCAAGAUGUAUUCUUGAUAAACUGAGGUAUUCUUUAGUUUCGGAUUACUAUAAAAAACAAGACUUGCCGGUAGCGGCUGUAACAACAUCAGCCGUAAGAAGUGCACAGUUUUUAUUUAGCAGAGAGGAUAAAGGACCACAAAUGCAAAUACAUCCAUCAUUAAAAAAACUAAUUGGAAAAAAACCGAAAGACUUGUCGGAUGUGAUACGUUCUUGCCCUAAGAGAACAGCAGCAAAGAAUGCCGUUCAAACGAUACGAGCAAAAUCCGAGAUUCAGAAAAAAGAAGAAAGGAAAUUAAAGCAAAUUAUAAGAGGUCAGGGAAUUGUUAUUGAUCACUCUGCAAAUGAUGACCAGAGGACUGAUAUUUCGGCUUUUUUAAAUGCAGCGCAAUCAUUAAAAACUGAUUCGCCAAAACAAUUGUCAAUAACUCAGGCAGAAGCGGGGAAAGGCAAACUAGCUAAUGCAUUGAAUUCGUCUAGAUUAAACAAUAAAGAAAAACAUUUAUUUGUGGUCGGUAAUACAUCUAAAUUUAUUGGAGCGGAACAAACAAUGGAUCUGAGACAUAAGCCACAAUUAUUAACACAUAAGUGGCUAGUGUAUGUUCAGACGAAAAAAUCUUCGACUCCACUUGAAAAAUUUGUAAAAAAAGUUCGGUUUCACUUACAUCAUUCAUAUCGUCCAAACGAUGUUGUGGAUGUGUUAUCUCCACCAUUUCAUGUGGCCAGGAGGGGCUGGGGAGAAUUUCCAAUAAGAGUGCAGCUUUUCUUCCAUGACGAAUUUAACCAAAAACCAAUUCAGCUUCUCCAUACGGUGGUAUUAGACAAAACUCUUUCUGGUAUACAAACACUAGGGGCUGAAACAUUAUUAGAAGUCUGGUUAAAAAAUAUUUCUGGUAAUCAACCUAUCAAUAAAACUGGAAAAACUACAACGGAGAUCGAUCUACCAAGUAGAACAAAUAGACAUUGCGAAGUACAUCCAACGGAAGAGUUAGUGGACGAUAAUCUCUUGGAAUUUUUGAAUAAAAUUGAAGCUAGCCAAAAUUCUAUAAGCGCUGACAUUGAAAAAAUUCAACCAACUUUUGUGAUUUCCGAAGCAAAAGUCCACAAAAGCCCAGUUAAAGCAAUAAGUGCUACAAAAAUUGGCUCUCCGGACAAGAUUCAAUCGAAAACACAAUUAGAGAAUGUGAUUAAAUCUACUGUUGAAACAAACAAGGACAUUAAAACUAAGGAAAUUAAACAUGAACACAAAAAUAUGUCAAUGUUAAAUGAUUUUAAAAUUCUGAUGAAAGAAGACAUAAGGACAAUGGAAACUACCAAUCAACAACAACAGAUGGUAGUGCCUCCUUUGGCUGCAAACUCUACUUCAAUUGCAGUAAAUUGCGUUCCUUCUCAGCAUAAAAGCUCUAUUUUUAUAAAUAACGAUGUCAAGAUUAGUGUGCCUUUCAAUCCCGUAACUUCCGCUGUUAAGAGAACGAUAUUACCAGUUACAAAUUCAGUCAGAAAUAUAUCAGCUUCACAAUCUACACCCAUAAAUUCAGCACGGCCAACAAAUAUACAAACUAAGCACUCUUCUGUUCCUGCUAAACAAAUUUUACAAAAGAAAUUAGUUCAGUUAGUUGAUUCUACAGGCAAAGUUAAGUAUAUGCAAAUGCUUGUUGCCACUUCUUCGUCAGCGCCAAAUAAAAAGACUCUCGAAUCCUCACCUUCAAUAGCUCCUAAACUUUUAACAAUUCCAAGUGCAGGUGUCCCAACAACAUCUGUAUCAAGGCCAGCAGUGGGGCCGAAAAAUAAUCCAAUUCCCACAAUGAAACCAAAUAUAUUUAAAAUUGUACCUGAAAAUAUGCAAACAAAACCCCAAGUUGUGACAUUUAGUACUAACGCUAAAACUCCAACAACGACAACAAUCACAUCUACAUUAUCAACAACAAAAAUUACAGAUCAAAUUCAAGCAAUCGCCACAAAACAAAACAUGAUAUCUUUAAAAAACAUGUCAAAGACAAAUGGUGGCUCUUCUACUAAAAAUGUAGUUUUUUACAAAGAGGGAAAACUUUAUAUUAUUGAUCCAUUGCAGAUGAAAUUGAAACAACAACAGAAAAAGCAGGUUUCAUUGCUAAAGCCUCAAGUUAGUUUACUAAAGCAACAAUUUAAACAACCUCAACCGAAAGAAACAACUUUCAGCAACAUGUCAACAGAAAAAUUAACAGCGGAUCAUGAUUACAUGCCAUCUCUCAAGACGUCCGUGCAGGUCAAUUCCCCACAAGUUCAUUAUGGCCUAAAGCAGCAGCGCCUUAAUACUCUCAACAUUUUUCAAUUAAUGCAAAUGAAACGUGUUCUCUUCGAAAAGCAUGUUUUACGACAGCAAUUUUCAAAUAUGCAAAAUGCUGUAGAAUUUAUAUUACGGAGAUUAAAACUCAUCGCUCCCGAGGACUCGUUAGUGUCGGCAUUUCCAUUUGUAUCGAAAUCUAACGGGGAUUUUCAAUCCUUAACAGCCUUUAAACAGCGCACACAUGAGUGGCUUAGAGCCAAACACAUUUCAGUUCUAAUGCGAAGUCACAAGGAUUUGCAAAAUAUAAAUAUCUCAAACCGGGAGACAUUUUGGACAACAAAGGAAAUAGCUACUUUCGCCCGUCACUAUGCUUAUACACCAGAUAUUAAAUCAUUGCCUAAAAUCAAUGAACGUACUGAUAAUAAUUGCAAAAACUUUAAAGAGAUUGUAAAAGGAGAAUUGAUGCACAAAGAAACUUCAAUAAACGACACACUUUCUGAUUGUCGAAAAGUCAUAAAGUGGAUAGAUAAAGUGUGGCCAGUUCUAAUUAAUUACCAACGUGACGAAGAAGAAAAUCAGAUCAUCGACGUAGAUGAAAUUAGACAACAGAACGAGAUUAGCAAUGGAAAAUCUACUACAUCGAGCUUAGAAUUGAAAAUUAACUCGGGUUCGAAACAUAUAUAUCUUCCACCACCAUCUAAUUUAAAAAAUGAAUGUAGGCUGAUAACAGAUAUAUGUAAAGAUUUAAGUAUAAAUCUAGAGCACGAAGAGAUAUGUCCUAACUUAUGGUAUCCCUCCGCACAAAUAGUUUUAGCCCACUCACUAAACAUUUUUCUUCAAAAGAUUGUAAGGAGCGCACUUAGUUUAAAGCAUCAAGAGAAGUGCUCUUUCAUUGAUCCAAUUCAUAUUAUUCAACCGUCUGAUAUUGCAAAAGUAUUGUCUAAAUCGAGAGAGUUCGACUUUAUGACGAAUAGUAACUUUGGCAUAAACGCCCAAGUGCACAUGUACAGUGUUAAGGAAGAAAAAUUAUGAUAUUUCCAGCACGAGUUCAUUGCUGCGAUAAAAAAGUGUUCCAAAAAAAUGCUACACUUUAUGUGUGAAAUUUUAGUUAGUAUUUAAAACAUCAAAUAAUUUUAACGAUUUAUAUUUUUUAGGAAAUACAAAUGUAUCAAUUGUGUUUGAUAAAUGUUCUUGUAUAUAAUUUAUGUGUAUAUGUAUUAGGAAUAUAUGUACGUAUUUUAAUAAUAAAUCAGAAUAAAAAUAAGAAAUAAACAUGCAAAA